AUGCGUGCCCGGAUUACAUCAACUUUCACUUCUACAUAUAUGGGCUGCAACGCGGACACGAGCGGCUUGGAAGGGCGCAUGGAGGACGUGAAGUUGCUGAUGGAAAAGUACCCGACCAGCAAAGGGGCGAUGCUCACCGAAACGGGAACUUUGCGUCUUCCUACGGACCCAAAUAAACACAGCACUUGCGACGAAAAAACCCUGAUCGCCGGUAUGGAAGCGAUCUUCAAGGUGCUCAACGAUUCCAAGGUGCUUCUCAUGCAGGAUAGACAUGAAAGAGACCUCACAGACUCUGUCAUGCUAGGUCUCGCAUUCCAGACCUCAAGGGUCAUGGAAAACCUGCAUGACAACUUCACACUCUUCCAGACCCAGACAUUUUGGCAUUUCAUAGGUGACCGAUGUGGGCGACAUGAAGACGCUGACCGUGCCCGGGUACACCCGCGAGGCGGCGGCCAGGGAGGCGAAGCAGAUCGCGAGCGCGCACCGGGUAUGCACUGCAAAAGUAUCGCACUCGUAGUAAUUGCGUUUAUGCAUUACAAAUCUCUUUCUCAAGGUGAACCAGCAUUACAAAUUUAAGUAAUUUAAUUUGUAAUGCUGGGCUAGUUUGUAAUGCAAUUUAUACUAGUACGAUCACGAUGCUUUUGCAUUGCAUACCGGGGCGGUAG